CGAAUCUUCUCUGCAGAGAGAGGGGGAGAGAGGGGGAGAGAGAGUCACUGGCGACUGCUGUUAACUGUGAGGCACUAGAAUGGCUUCUUCUGUUCUAUACCGGGCCGAUGGGCACAACCCCAUCGCCUUCCCCGCCAAGAUUGAUUCCUUCCCCCACCUUCUCACAUCGAUCACAGAGACCGAUUGACGUUUCAUGGAGAUGACUCCCUCCUCCGCCCUGAUGUCAUUCUACCAAAUCUCUGCUCUGCUAUUCUUGCGUGCCGAACAGACCAUGCGAUGCUCUUCCUCAAAAAUCCAAUAUUUUUCUUCCCUUCUCUCUCAAAACCAGAAAACGACACUCUUUUUUCCAUAUUUAUGUCAAAGUUUCUCUCGCGAGCCCUUGGUUAUGAGGUAGAGGCACUGGUUUUGGCUUGCGGCGGUGCUGCACUCUGUUCUUGUUCUGAGUUCUGGGGGUGAUGAUGGCGAGAGGGAGGUUAGAGAUAAAGAGGAUAGAGAACCCAACGCAGAGGCAAUCCACCUUUUAUAAAAGAAGGGAUGGACUCUUCAAGAAAGCUCGGGAGCUCGCCGUGCUCUGUGAUGCAGACCUUCUCCUCCUCCUCUUCUCCUCUUCCGGCAAGCUCUACCAUUACCACUCCCCCUCUGUUUCUAACGUGCAGGAGCUAUUAAGGAGGUAUGAGGUGGCUAGUCGAACGAGGAUUCCGACGGAUCAGGGAGGGGAGAAGGUGGAGGAGAUGGAGAAGAUGUGCGAGUUUUUGGAAAGGGAGAUAAGGUUUAUGAGGAUUGGUGAGGAAGAAGAGUAUACCUUUCCUGUUCUUGAGGUGAUUGAGCAGAACUUGGAGGCAGCCAUUAAGAAGGUGAGAGAGGAGAAGGAUAGAAAGAUUCAAGCUGAGAUGGAGAGUCUCCACAGGAUGGUGAAGGAUAGAGGACUGGAGGGAUAUGAACUGUGCGAGAAGCAAUCUCUUGCGCCAACAUUGCAUGGAGACUCUUCGUUUGGAGAACAAGCUUUGUUUGGCUACGAGCUAGAUCUAAAAUUAGGUUUUGAUUAAUGAUUGAAGCCUCGGGUCACUGGUCAUAAUUAGGACGUGUUGGAGAAGUAUUAUAGCAGAUAUUGUUUCUAUAUUCAUAGUGUUAUGAUACAUUUUGUUUUCCUUUUUUUUUGGUUUAUGUAAUGGAUUUUUCGUUGGUAUUUGUGUAAUUAUUUAUAUUAUGCGCCGGUCACCCCUAAUUUGUAUG